AUGGCUUCUCUUCGACUUCGCCGGACGCCAGCGUUGGGCUCUGUCCUCGCAACGCCGAGGUGCAGUCAGUCACUGCGUGUUCGCACAUUCAGUGCUCUGAGAUCCAGCUCUACGCCUCGUCGAACCAGCCUUCUGAGCUCCCGUUCCUCGACCCUACCUGCAUAUGCCUCCUUCUCCCGAAACCAGCAGUUCAGCACGUCCCCGGUGCAGUACGCCGAAAUAGUCGUCAAGGUGCCUCAGAUGGCCGAGUCCAUCUCAGAAGGGACUUUGAGUACGUUCACAAAGCAAGUGGGAGAUUACGUCGAGCAGGAUGAAGAAAUUGCCUCGAUUGAAACAGACAAGAUUGAUGUUGCGGUCAAUGCUCCUGAGGCUGGUACGAUAAAAGAGCUCUUGGUCGGCGAGGGCGACACUGUGACCGUCGGACAAGACAUUGCAAAGAUUGAGCCUGGCGAGGGCGGUGGCGGUGGAGCCAAAGAAGCGAAGCAAGAGCCCAAGGAACCCGCUUCGAAAGACCAACCCACCAGCUCAGAUCCGGAGCCUAAGAAGGAGGAACCUAAGGAGGAGAAGAAAGAAGAGGCGCCUCCGCCUCCGCCGAAGGAGGAAAAGCCCGCGCCUCCUAAGGAAGAGAAGAAGCCUGCUCCGCCAAAGGAACAAAAGAAGCCGGCCGCAGAGGAGCCGAAGGGGAUCACGUCGCCGUUCGGCCCAGGUACCAGGAAUGAGAAUAGAGUGAAAAUGAACCGCAUGCGUUUGAGGAUCGCAGAGCGUCUUAAGCAAUCACAAAACACUGCCGCAUCGUUGACAACCUUCAACGAGGUGGACAUGUCGAACAUCAUGGAGUUCCGCAAGAGAUACAAGGAAGAGGUCUUGAAGAAGACCGGAGUCAAACUUGGCUUUAUGAGUGCGUUCUCAAAAGCCGCCAUCCUUGCAAUGAAGGACAUCCCUGCCGUCAAUGCAUCCAUUGAGGGUCCCGGAGGUGGCGACACCAUUGUGUACCGUGACUACGUGGAUAUCAGUGUUGCAGUUGCCACACCCAAAGGCCUGGUAACUCCAGUGGUCCGAAAUGCGGAAAGCUUAGAUAUGAUCGACAUCGAGAAGAGCAUCGCAGAGCUGGGCAAGAAGGCACGAGAUGGAAAGCUCACUAUUGAAGACAUGGCUGGAGGGACCUUCACCAUCAGCAACGGUGGUGUCUUCGGCUCCAUGAUGGGCACUCCAAUCAUCAACCUUCCCCAGACUGCUGUCCUUGGCCUUCACGCCAUCAAGGAAAGAGCUGUGGUUGUUGACGGUAAAAUUGAGAUCAGACCUAUGAUGUACCUUGCACUAACCUACGACCAUCGAAUGUUGGAUGGUCGGGAAGCCGUCACUUUCUUGGUGAAAAUCAAGGAAUACAUAGAAGACCCAAGAAAGAUGCUGAUUGCUUGA